AUGUUCACUUACCCUUAUUAUACUACUCCUCAAUACUCAUUUCAACCUAUUUAUUCUACUCAAAAUCAACAAUCUAUUCCUAUGUAUUUGCCUCAACAAAAUAAUUUUAUGUAUGUACAACCCAUUCCUAAUUACCAACAAUCAUAUCAACAAACAAGUCAACCAAUACAACAAACUUAUUCUAUUAAUAAUCAAACAAAACCAAAUGAAGUUGUUAUAAGUUCUGAUUUUUUUCAACCACCACAACAACCUCUUAAAGAAACUAAUCAACUGUAUUUGAACACAUUAUUUAUGCCAUCUUUGAUGGAAAGUGCUGUUGAUAACUUUGCUUAUUUUGAAGACCAGAGUGUUACUAAACCAUUUAAAGAUCAUAGUUAUACACCCUCUAUAUCAACUGUUUGUCGCUAUGUUUUAACUCCAAGUGAUAAAAAAUAUGUUCCAAAAUAUAGUUAUUCAAGUGAUGAGUUAUAUAUGAGAGUAUUGGUUGAUUAUUCAACUCGUCUUAAGAAUAAAUAUCCAUAUCCUAUUCAACGUGCAAUAAUAAAAACAUCAUCUCAAGGUGAAAAAAUUUGCAUUGACCGUAUCUUAAAAAUAGACAAUGAUGUAGUACAUAACAAUUUCCUUUCUUUUAUUGUUUCAUUUAAUAAAGUUAGUUAUAAUGAAGUGGCAUGUGGGGCAGUACCAAUUGGACCAAACAAAAUUAAAAUAAAGGUUUCUGUAACAUUAACAAUUAAAGAUAUAUUCAGACUAUUAGAAAUCAAAGAUAUUAAUGCAGUAAUGGCAAUAGAAAAUUCUUCUACAUUAUUUUGUAUGGAUGAUAGACUUGUCGAAAGUGAGUAUUUGUACGAUUGUAUUACACAUAACAGAAUUCCAGAAUUUACAAUUAUCCCUUUUUCAUAUUGUUUCUAUAAACCACUUCCAUUAAAUAAAUUUGGUAAUCUUGUUAAUUAUUCAAACGUAGAACUACCUGUCUGUGCUUUGAUUAAAGAGCCUUUUACAUUCAUUAUUAAUACAGUUUAUUAUAAUACUCAUGUUACAGAUGAAAUACAUGUUAGGUGUGUGUUACGGUGUGGAGAUCAAACAUUGUCAUGUCCAAUGGAAAAAGUUUCAUUUAAACCUGUUGUAAUUACAUCUCCACUUUCAUCAAACGAUGAGAAGUAUAUUUACAAAUUUUCAAUUGAUGAAAAAGUAGAUAGCAAUUUAAGGAUUUGUGAUAUUCCACUUGAUUGUGAAAUUAUUCUAAUUGUGUUUAUCGGACAAAAACGUAUUGGAUGUGCAUCUGUCAAGGUAUUUAAUGCAUGGGGAGUUCUUAAGUGUGGAGUUCAAUUAGUUCAUUUAGAAGAAGGUAAAAGACCAAUAGGAAAUGGUCUUGUUUCAGGACCAAUUGUAGAACUUGAUUUUGGUUCUACCAGAGCAGCAUAUCAUAUUGAAGGAGUUGAAGACAGUAAAUUAAUGAAUAUUCAAAAAGAAUUAGAUACAUUUGAAUCAGUGAAAAAUAGAGAAGAGUUUGAAACAAUGAUUAAAAUGGAUGAGUUAAAAGAAUAUGAAGACAAAGUUCCACAACCAAUUAACAAAAUGAUUAUUGAUGGAGUUGAUAUAUUCCAAAUGUUAAGGUCACCAUCAUUUAUUACAAGAAGUCCUCCUGAUUAUAUUAAGCGUGCACUAAUUGAACAAAUGGAAAAUGUACCAGCUGAGUUCAUUGGUCAAAUAGCUCAUUCUAUUGAUUGGACUGAUCACCUUCAAGUAGCUCGAUUUGUUAAAUACUUAUGGACUCAACAAAUAAAGCCAUUAGAUGCUUUAAUGUUAUUAGGAUACAGAUGUCCAUAUAGGGCUGUAAGAGCUUAUUGUGUUUCAGUAUUAGAUAAACAACCAGAUAAUGUAUUACAAUUUUAUGCUAUCCAUUUAAGUGAGGCAUUAAGAUAUGAAGAAGGACUAACACCGUUAACAGAUUUUUUAUUGCGUAGAAGCAUUGCUUCACCAGCUACAGUUGGAUAUUCAUUAUUUAAAAUGAUUAUUGGUGAUACUUCCAUGACAAAAAGGAGUAUUCAACAUUCACGAUUUAUUGAGGCGUUGUUAUCUGCCGAUCCUGUUUUUGCUAGUCAAAUGACAAAAGAAUGUGAGUUUGCAUUAAAUGUUCAAACAGUAAAUUCUACAUUAAUACGAAUGGACUCUGAGAAAAGACAAAUUUAUAGAAGUGCAUUAUUAAAAAGUAUUUCUGUUGCUGUACCAAUUCCAUUUAAACCAGGAGUUAUUGGUGGAUUGUCUUGUGAGAAAAGUAAAGUGUAUACAUCAAAUGCAGUACCGUUACUAAUUGAUUUUAGUGGGUAUAAAAUGAUAUUUAAGUUAGGAGAUGAUCUUAGACAAGAUUGCCUUAUUUUAAGGGCAUUUAAAUUAUUUGACAAUUUAUGGAGAAUGAAUGGAAUGGAUUGGAGAAUGACAACUUUUAGAGUUAUUUCUACAGGAAAUACAGCAGGGUAUAUUGAAUUUGUGAGAGAUUCUAGAAGUAUUGGAUCGAUUCAUAAUGAUUCAAAAAUACCUGGAGUAUAUAAAAUAACGGCAAUUUAUGACUGGAUUAAAAAUAAUAAAACAGCGCCAUUAGGACAAUGUAUAGAAAAUUUUUAUCGGUCAUGUGUUGGAUAUUGUGUUGCAUCAUAUGUUCUUGGAUUAGCGGAUAGACAUAAUGAUAAUUUGAUGGUAGAUAAAUCUGGACAUUUUCUUCAUAUUGACUUUGCUCAUUUUUUAGGAAAUAAAUUAAAAGUUGCUGGUGUUAUUAACAGAGAACCUGCUCCGUUUGUACUAACUGAAUCUAUGAUAUAUGUCUUUGCUGGAGAAAGAGGAACUGAAAGAUAUAAAGUAAAGUAUAGAGAAUUUUGUGAUGAUUGUGUUAGAGCGUAUCAUGUUCUAAGACAAAAUGCUUCACUUAUUGUUUCAUUCUUUACUAAUAUGAUUUCAAGUAAAUUAAGUCAAUUAAAUGAAAUUAAAGAUGCUGAAUAUUUAUUCACUUCAUUACAAUUAGGAAAACAAGACUCAUUAUCUGAUUUAGAAUUUGUAAAACUUAUUCAUGAUAGUUUAAACUCAGAGCAAACAAAUAUGAAUUUCUUUAUUCACUCACUUGUCCAAAAAACAAAAAAAUAA